AUGAGUAAACAAAUCUCUAAACCUGUACUUUCUCAUUCCUCUUCCUUUUUUUCUCCCAUAAAUUCUAGUUCUUCCAGUUCUUCGACUACUUUACUUCGUAUUGACCUCAAAGAUAGAGUUGAGUCUUUGUAUGAACUUUCAUAUAUUCCUGAAGGAGAUUCUACCCCGCUGGAUAAUCUUCUUAUACCCUCUCCUUACAAGAAACCCUCUCAACCUGGUACCACUAAAUUACGUACCUUGGUCAAACCCCCCAAAUAUCACACCAAAGAAUAUGUGUAUAGCUCCCGUUUUGAUCAGCAUGGUAACCCAGGUCUUAAUCCCUACUACCAAAAAGCUCUUAAACAAAUAUCUCACUCACAAACUACCACAUUUGCUGCUGCUCCUUGUGCUAUGUAUACAAGCAGCCCCGGUCCAUCUCUAACCAUGGUACCACCAAGUUUGACUUCUCUAGAGGCUUUCCCUCAUCUCACCCCUUUUACUACAGACCAUACGAGUCACUCUUGGAAAAUCAAGGAUCCCUCCCAUAUUGAUCCUCUUGGCAAUUCCAAGAAGCCUUCUCCUGCUAAAACCGUCCUCAAUUGGCAAUCUCAGAAUGCUGAACAGGAAAUUAAGUUUCUCAAGAAUCAGUUGUAUCUUAUCGAACAUACACCACCGCCACCUCCAAUCCAAGCUCCCUCUUCCUCUUUAUGGUCCUUACCCCCAGUUGGACCUUUCUCUGUUUUCCAUAACCCCAAGGUUACCCAACGUUUACAAAGUUCUCCCUUAUUUUCUCAACAGCAACACUCUUAUCCCUCUGUUUUUUCCCAACUAUCAAAACCUACCCAACCAUGGAAAUCACCACCCACUCCUACUGCCCCUGCUCCACACAUGUCUUCCCCUUUACCACCUCCAUCUGCUCAGCCCCCUUCUGCCUCUCCCUUAAAACCCUCUAAAUCCUCAGAUACCCCUUCUUCCUCGUAUCCUCCACCACCAUCUCAGUUUAUGAUGUCUUCUUCACCCUCUUCAAAUCCUAUUACCGAAUUCCUUACUCACCAUACUGCUACCGAACACACUCCCAUCUCGGAUUUACCCAUCCACUAUGCUACCCUUGGAGCCUCUUCUGAUGCCGAUGAUUCUGACACUUUUAGUGAAUCCUCUUCUACUGAUUCUGAUGCUCUUGUUAUCUUCAUGAAUCAAUUUCAUGAAACUCCUCCUGAUCCUGAUCCUGAUCCUGAUCCUGAACCCAAUGUUGAAGAACCACCUGUCUUCAUGGAUACACCUCUUCCGCCUACGGGUCCUCCUAGUGUUUAUAACCAAGCCUAUUAUGUUCCUCCCUCUUCUGGGCCUUGGUUCAAUUUGGAUCCCCAUCAUCCUUCAAAGUGGCGUGAAAAGAUCCAUGAAAUUUAUACUUGGGGCCAAACUGAACUUAUAAAACCCAAUGCUACCCUUCUCCGGGUCAUUGAAGCUAUUGUUGCUCGUUUUAUGGGCAUACUCCGUCAAUGGUGGUAUAAUCUUGGUUAG